AUGUCGCUGCCAAGAGCGCUCAAUUGUCCAAACACGCGACAGAGUUGGCUCGUAUCUCCGACAACACAGACGAAGACUGAGACACAGGACAAAGCUCCGGUGCUUAAGCAGCAAAUUGAGGCGACUAGAGAGACGCCUAAGACCCCGGAGGUGAAGAUCCAGACGGAACCUUUAAAGGUAGACAAGAUCGCGUUGCCAGAGGUGGAAAAAAGUGCUUCUGAGCCUUUGAAAAACGAGAUACCUCCUGUUGUGGACGAAGAGCCGCCUAGGAAGGUGUGGGAGGAGAAACACGUGCCGUCGUCCCCGUUGUCUCGUAUCUUGGGCUUUGGUGGUCUUGCAGCUAGGCUGGCAGUGGGUACAGCGACAGAAAUUGUACGUAGUGGAGGCAGAAAUGGUACCUACAAUGCACUGGUGUCCGAUGCCAAUGCCGAGAAGCUGGCCGAGACGCUGUGCACUAUGCGAGGAGCGGCUUUGAAGCUCGGACAGAUGCUGAGCAUCCAGGACGAAGCCAUGAUCCCGUCCAAGCUGGCAGUGGCACUAGAUCGAGUCCGUGAAAAUGCCCACGUGAUGCCUAAAGACCAGCUGCAUCAGCAACUCAAGACCGAACUGGGUGACGACUGGCGCGAUAACUUCCAGGAAUUCGACGACGUUCCCAUCGCCGCUGCGUCUAUCGGACAGGUUCACCGCGCUACGCUGCUGAAUGGCGAUCGUGUGGCGAUCAAGAUCCAGUAUCCAGGUGUAGCCGAGUCAAUUGGCAGCGACCUGCUCAACCUCAAGAGACUGGUGACAUACACCAACAUCCUGCCGCGUGGACUGUACAUCGACGAGAUCAUCCGUGUGGGCAAGGAGGAACUCACAGCCGAGUGCGACUACAUUGCUGAAGCAGACAACCAGGAGCGUUUCAAGCAACUUAUCGAGCAAAACGGCAUGGGGGAGAAGUACGUGGUGCCACGAGUGUACCGUGAGCUAUCCACAGCACGUAUCCUGACGACGCAGUUGAUCUCGGGCGUUGCAGUCGACAAGGCCGUGCAUCUCUCUCAGGACGUUCGUGACAGUAUCGCUCGUCGUAUCCUCGAGCUCACGAUCCACGAGCUUUUUAACUGGCGCUUCAUGCAGACAGACCCGAACUGGAGUAACUUCAUGUACAACGCAUCCACCGACACGAUUGGAUUGGUGGAUUUCGGCGCUGCUCGUGAGUAUCCGAAGUCGUUUGUGGACGAUUACUUCAACAUCGUGUGGGCUGCAGCGAAUGAGGACGAGAAAACGAUGGUCGACUACUCUAUUAAGAUGCAUUUCCUCACUGGCGACGAGUCUCCAGCCAUGAUGCGUGCCCACGUUGCAGCUGGAAUGGUAGUCGGAGAGAAGGGCGAUCAGUUCACAGGCUACGAGAGACUUCAAGCCCAGGAUGUUCCUGGCGCAAAUCCGCUUGAGAGCCGAAGAGAAACUGGAACAUCAGGAGGGUAUCCUCCGCCUCAUCGGUUUGUGCUGCAGCCACAGCCAGAGGACGAGAACAGUGUCAGCGAUGAGCCAGAUCCAGUUGCUGAGGAUCCACUUGCGCGGUACCGGACGAUGCUCAAAGUUGGGGUCCCUCUACCUGCUGUUGAACGGCAAAUGCGCAAGAACGGCAUCAACCCCGCAGCGUUGAACGGCUCCGUUCUGGAAGAAAGUCCCGAGGUCGAAGCAACUGCUACAAUGGCGACCACAGAGCGUCGUAAAUGGCAUUGGAACGAAGUCGCAGCAGCAGAUCGAGCUCCACCUCCGCCGAACGGGUCCGUCUGGACUCGAGACGACGAGGAAGACGCCCAUCAACGCGUCACUGCGUUGUCACAAGCUCGCAUCCAAGAACUUUUCGUGCGAGAGAUUGGCAGAUCUGUCGAAGGCGACGAACGCGACUCGUUGGUGUCGAUGACGAGUGAAACGGAAGUGGCCUUAAUAGCUCAGCGUCCUUCCUGGUCUGUGAAGACUGAGAAGAUCCAAGUGAUGAAAGGAACUAAAGGCACAAACCUCGAGUUUGUGGUAAGCCGACUCAAGUUUCCCUUCGCGAAGGUGGCUCAAGACGUGAACAUCCUGACGGCGAUGUACCUACAAGACACGGACAUCAAGACGAUUCUGGCCAUGUGGCCCAGCGUGGCCGAACAAGUCCUCCUCGAUGAAUACGCGGGAGAUUUCAACGAACUGGGGCGUUGCGAGCAGUUUUUAGUGAAGAUCCGCUCGAUUCCCAUGGCAAAGGAGAAGCUUCAAUGUCUUCUGUUGAAACUGGAGCUUCAAUCUCGUGCUGAAGACCUCAAACAAUUGAUGGAACUCGUGACUCGGGCGUUGAAUCAAAUCUGCUCGAGUUCCAAAUUCGGCGAAGUGAUUCGACUUCUUCGAGACUUUGGUAACCUGGCCAAUGAGGAGUUUGUGGCGAAUUACCGAGCAAGAUUCUCGCUGGAAUCGCUGCUCAACUUGAGUCACACGAAGGCAUUCGACAAAAAGACCACCAUCUUCGACGCCUUCUUGUAUCUGCUCCGGACUGAGAAGGAUGGAAACUUGGCAAAUUUCUACGAUGAAAUCCACCUGGUCAUGCAGUGCAAGGGCGUGUCUGUGGGCGGUCUAACCGUCGAGUUGGGCCAGCUUCGCGAGGGCCACCAGCUUGUAAAGUCGGUCGCAAUAGCAAGCAGCAAGUCCUCAGACAAGGACGCAAAGCUCGCACACGACGCUUUCAAUCAAUUCGCUGAUGAAAUCGACGACAAGUUGCGCGGUGUGCACGAAAGUUUCGACAAAAUGGAAGAGAGUCACCGUAAGUUUGUGUCGUGGUUCGAGGAGAAUCCAAACGUGCAGCUGGACCAGCAUCUCAAGGCGAUCGCCCAGUUUGCGUCUGACGUCAAAGACAGAUUUGCAGUACUCAACUUUUGUCUUUAG